ACCGGCGGCGCCCCCGGGGGCGGGCGGGAGCUGGAGAUGCACACCAUCAGCUCCAAGGUGUUCGGGGACAUCCUGGACUUCGCCUACACGUCGCGCAUCGUGGUGCGGCUGGAGAGCUUCCCGGAGCUCAUGACGGCCGCCAAGUUCCUGCUGAUGCGCUCCGUGAUCGACAUCUGCCAGGAGGUCAUCAAGCAGUCCAACGUGCAGCUCCUCGUGCCCCCCGCACGCCCUGACAUCAUGCUCUUCCGUCCGGGGGCUGCCGACCUCGGCUUCCCUCUUGACAUGACCAACGGUGCCACUUUGGCGCCCAAUGGCAAUGGCAUCGCUGGCAUGCCUGAAGACGAGGCCACGCGGGCUGCGCUCAGCGCUGCGCAGUCCUCCCUCCCUGUCCUGCAGGGCGUGGACCGCCUGCCCAUGGUGGCAGGACCUCUGUCCCCACCGCUGCUGGCCUCGCCCUUCCAGAAUGUUGCUGCUAGUGCCCCCACUUUAAGCACCAAGAGGGGCAGAGGGCGUCCCCGUAAAGCCAAUCUCUUGGACUCCAUGAUGUUCGGUAGCCCAGGGGGCCUGCGGGAGGCUGGGAUCCUGCCUUGCGGUCUCUGUGGGAAGGUGUUCACGGAUGCCAAUCGUCUUCGGCAGCACGAGGCUCAGCAUGGGGUGACGAGCUUGCAGCUGGGCUACAUAGACAUCCCACCCCCGCGGCUGGGUGAAAAUGGUGUUCCUGGUCAGGACGACCCCGACGCGCCUCGAAAAAGAAGCAGGACGAGGAAACAGGUGGCCUGUGAGAUCUGUGGCAAGAUUUUCCGGGACGUGUACCACCUGAACCGGCACAAGCUGUCACACUCUGGCGAGAAGCCUUACUCUUGUCCGGUGUGUGGCUUGAGGUUCAAGCGGAAAGACAGGAUGUCCUAUCAUGUUCGAUCGCAUGAUGGCUCUGUGGGAAAGCCCUACAUCUGCCAGAGCUGUGGAAAAGGCUUUUCCAGGCCAGACCACUUGAAUGGACACAUCAAACAGGUGCAUACCUCAGAGAGACCUCACAAGUGUCAGCAGGAAAAUGGCAGCCACCAUGGAAUAAGCUCAGAGACAUCCACAUCCAUAGAAAAGUUGAAACUUCAAGAGACCUGCAAUGCUUCCUUUGCCACGCGGGACCGGCUGCGCUCGCACCUGGCGUGCCACGAGGACAAAGUGCCGUGCCAGGUGUGUGGGAAGUACCUGAGAGCAGCAUACAUGGCAGAUCACCUGAAGAAGCAUAGUGAAGGACCAAGCAACUUCUGCACUAUCUGUAACCGAGGUAAUGAAGAAACUGUUUUUAAUUGCACUGGGAUGGGCCAGCACCCGAGGGGAGCUGUAAAGGCUGCGUGACUCUCUGCAACAGGAGGAGGUUGUACCCUCUUUGUGUCCAUACUCUGCUUUUGCUGCUGAAUCCUUAACCCUGAAACUGAUGGAACACAGAUCUGGCCUUUUCACAUGGCUCCCAAAGAAAUCUGAAACAAAUUUUAUUUGCCAAUAGCCAGAUCCCUCUACAAUAACCAUGCUUACUUGCAUUGCUGCUGUUCAACGUACAUCUUCUUAUUUUUUUUUUCUAUACCUGAUUAGACUGGAGCCCUUGCAGUCAGUUUGGAAGACUGUUUUUGUGUCUUUGAAAUACACAACAUGGAGCCCUUGCAGUCAGUUUGGAAGAAUGCUUUUGUAUCUUUGAAAUACACAUCAAGUUGAAAAUCAUACAUUGAACAUAAAUCUGCAUUGUGUUACUAAGUAUUACUUAACCUCCUGGUGCAACAGAGUCAAGCUGCUUCUCCCUCUUAAUUGCUUUGUGCUAAUGUACAUUUCUAAAACAUGCUUUGUAAAGAGCACUGGAAAUGUGGUUUACCUUUAUUUGUACAAAUCCAGCUUUUCACAGUUAGAAGGGACCCAUAAAGAUCACCAAGUCCAACUCUCUGCUCCAUGCAGCACUAUGUAAAACUAAACCAUCUGACUAAGCUUGUGAAGCUUUUCCAUCUUUUUUGGUACUCUUCAGUUGGAGAGAGUUGGAAAUUUAGGCUUUGUGAGAUGUAAGGCAAGCUGGAAAAAAUAUUUUUGACUUACUGGUGGUUUUUUUUUGAGGGAUUGAUUCACAACUUCAAAAUGCCUUUUUGGCUCACACAGGUAUCCAUAGCCAGUAGGUGUUAGAAGAGAUUGCUGCUGUGUUUUGGGAUUUGUUUUUUCUGAUGAAUCUUUUUUCCUAACAUGUUCUUUUUUCUAGUUUAAGAGAGGUGAAAUCUUUUGAGAAAAUAAAGCUCUCCUGUGUUUAAUGUGCAGACUGUACAGGGAGCUUGUGGAGUUGAUGAGUAGUGAGACAUUAAAUUGCAAGGGAGGUGUUUCCUUGUUAAACAGUCUGGAAAUCCUGAAAAUGAUGUUAUCAGUGGGAAUGGAAAAGGCAUCUGGGUUGAAAACCUUCAGGUUUUGAAGCUCCAGGUAGAUGGUGUGAAAUGCAGCUUGCCCUCCUUUGCUUCUGAAAAACAGAAGUUUAGGCUUAUCCUGAUUCUUUUUGUGGCAACAACAUGGAAGAUGUUGUGUGAGAUCCAGGUGCUGUCCUGCUCCCCUCCCGUUGAACAUAGUGCCAGACAGAAACUCAGAUGGGCUGGGAGGAAUUGUCUUGAAUUUCAACUGAACUACCACUGGAUGUCACUGCAGCUCUUUGGAAAUGGAGCCAGAGUGACAAAGACAGACCCGGCAUUCAAACAAUAAAAUGACUGAGUGGUUUAUUCACAUUUUACAAGUCUAAAUGUACAGUGGGAAUUGAAAUAAAAUAUAUACUUCUGUAGAAGGAUAGGGAACCUGUUGUACAGCAAACUUUAAGCAACUACUUUCUUCUUACAGUUUGUGUAUUUUAUGGGAAUUGUCACAAUUGUCUGCUGUGAAUUUCAGUUUGCAUCAGGAUUUAAAAAAUGUAAUUAUGAAUAAUGAAUAAUGUUAAGUUUCAUAGGAAGUGUUAAAAUUCAUAGGAAGGGUAAGCUACAGACUGGAUUUAUCAAACAGCUGUGUUGUAACUCAUUGCUUUAUGCUGUAAAUUUUGGUUAUAGAUUUAUGAUCAAUGACAGCAGAAUUUUUAAUCCCAGGUGUUCUAGAAUCAAAGUAUAAUGUUCAUUGUUUUAAAUAAUUCUUUUCUAAACUGUAGAGCCUGGCAAGAUGAAGUGUAAUGGGAAAUUUCUGGAUUACAAAUACCUGUUUGAUAGGCACUGGUGCAGUUGGAAGGCCCACACAGUAACCUGAUCACAGCUGUGCCAUGGCUCAGCUGCUUGUGCAGACACAUUUUGUUUAUUCUUCCCGUGGCUAAUGUGCUGCUGUAUUUUUUAAUUGAAACUUAGCUGGUUCUGAAUAUAGUAAUUGUCAGCCUCUGGAUAUAGUAAUUGUCAAGCAAGAAUGCUCUGCAAGCUCAAGCUGCUUGUGGAGAGAAUUUUGGAUGUUGGCCACUUUAAAAAAAAAACAAAAAGUGGGUGGAAAGGUGACAUUCCUGGUGUUAAUGACAGCCUCAGACUCCCUGAGUUUAUCCCACUGGACUGAAGGUUUGCUGUGGGCCUCAGUGAGGUGUCUGGUGUUGUUUGAAAGGUUUGAUGGCUGUAGGAGAUGGGGUGGAGCUCAGUAGCUGGCAGAAAGGAAUAGGCAAUAGUUUGCCAUGUCAGGUGGCUCAUUUGUUUAUCACACCUAUUUCUCUUACAAUGUUGUGGUGUAAUUUUAAAAAACUACCAGCUGUGAGUUGUUUUUUCCAGGUUGUGUCAUUACUUGAGGUCUUUAUGCUUGGAGUAAUCAUGGAAGCAAUUAAAUCUUGUUAAAUCAGGGAAACAGUGAAGUGGUUUGGGGGGUUUUGCA